AUGACUUUCCACACUCGCUCUAACAGCUUCCCCUCAAGGCCACACCCGAUCGUUCAAGAAGUUGAUGAACAUUUGUAUAUAUUGAGGUCCUCCGAAGUCACCUCCACAUCUUCUUCAUCAAUCAACCACAACCUAAGUAGCCUCGGAGACUUGUAUGAUUGUGUUGAUAGGUUGCUUCAGUUGCCCCUCACUCAACAAGCCUUGGCCCAGGAGCAGAAUGAGAGAUGGACCAAUGAUCUAUUAGAUGGCUCUCUCAGACUCUUGGACGUUUGCAGCACUGCCAAGGAUGCUGUCUUGCAAACAAAGGCAUACGUACAGGAUCUUCAAUCGAUCAUAAGAAGAACGCAAGGAGGUGAGUCUGAAGCUCUUACAAGUGAGGUUAACAAAUACUUGAGCUCCAGGAAGAUGGUUAAAAAGGCUAUCCAAAAGGCUAUGAAGAAUCUAAAGGGAAUCGAUAGCAAAACCACCUUCUCUUCCCUUAACAACGACCAGGAGACAGUUGCCAUUGUUGGCAAGUUGAGAGAUGUUGAAGCAAUCACUCUCUCAGUGUUCGAAUCACUUAUGUCCUUCAUCUCUGGGCCAAAGUCAAAGCCAGGCAGCUGGUCAAUUGUUUCCAAGAUGAUUCCCACUAAAAAGGUUGCAUGUGAAGAAACCGAAGCAAAUGAGUUUGCACAAGUCGAUGCUGCACUACAUAGGACAAGCAAACCCAAUAACGCACGGAACCAGCUUGAGAUGCUGGGGUCAUGCAUUCAAGGUCAGGAAGAAGGACUUGACAGCCUAUUUAGGCAGUUGAUCAAAACAAGAGUAUCCCUCCUCAACAUCCUAAAUCAUUAG